UUGGUUUUUUUUUCUCUCCCCCCCACAGGAUAUACUACCGCUUCAACUGAUAAUGGCUGAUUAUGACAUGGUCCUAAAGUGCUGGGGUGCAGUGGAGGCUGACUACACCAAAACUGGAGGCCUGGUGUUGACCCGCUUGUUCAAAGAGCAUCCAGAAACCCAGAAGCUGUUCCCCAAGUUUGUAGGUAUCGCUCAUGGCGACAUGGACGGCAACGCGGCUAUCGCCAGCCAUGGUGCCACUGUCCUGAAGAAACUUGGUGAGCUACUUAAGGCCAAAGGCGGCCAUGCAGCCAUCCUCAAACCUCUGGCCACCAACCAUGCAAAAAUCCACAAGAUUCCUAUCGUUAACUUCAAGCUGAUCACUGAAGUGAUUGUGAAGGUGAUGGCGGAGAAGGCAGGGCUUGAUGCAGCUGGGCAGGACGCCCUGAGAAGAGUGAUGGCUGUUGUCAUUGGUGAAAUUGAUGCCACCUACAAAGAGCUGGGCUUUGCUGGGUAAACUCUGGAGCUAAAUGGCCUCAACAGCAUGUGUCAACACAGGGCUGUCGAACAAGAUGUCAGCUGGAGGACAUCUCACCUCACAAUAGUAUAUUUAUGUAUUGGUGGCGAUCAAUAGAUUUCCAAACUCAGAAACAAAUGUCUCUGCUACUUUAGCUAUGGAAAUUACAUGCAGUACUUGUUUUGCUUCUAAAUUAUGUAUUGCAAAUAAAAUUUAAAAAAAUGUUUGCUGAUAGGACAUAAACUCCAAUAUGUUCUAUAUUCACAUACAAUCAAUAAACUCUUUUCGCUGUUGAA